AUGUCGUCAAUUUCCCCUUCUAGUUACCAUCAGGCCCUCCAAUCCUGCGUGGAGUCCGCCAGGCUGGUCGAACCACGCGUUCUGCGGCUUCGAUUGACUCAACAAACCCCCAACAUUGCUUCAGACCCGGAAUCCAACAAGAAUGCCGGUGGCUUCAGCUUCCUCCAAUGCAUCGCCGCGAAAGAAACCGGUAGUAGCAACAGCAACAACAGCAGCAUAAUGAAGCGCUCUGCCUCCUCGCUCAGUAAACAGAGUCUCGAAAUGUGUACCGAGAGCCUUGGCAGCGAGACCGGAAGCGACGACCGCGGCAGCGACGACGACGAGCUGCUGCUGCUGCCGCCGCUCUCUGCAUCUGCGGUGGCGGCGGAUAGCGUAGAGCAGGGGGAUUUGGGGAAGACUAGUGUGAGUAUUAGUAGUAGCAGAGCGGCGGCGAGGCAGAGGGUGAGAAAUGUGAGGAGAAGUAGGAGAGGGUGCGUAACGUUGCCGCCUCCCCUGUCUUCAAUUGGAGGAUCCACCGGAGUCCGAAUGCGGUCUCUUCGGGAAGACGGGAGGCUCGUGGUGACCGCAGUCUCUGUGUCGCCUCCCCGUGCUCAAUUCCACGCUGAGAGGAGCAACGGCCGCCUCCGGCUUCAUCUUACUACCGAAUACCCAACUCAAGAUGAAGAAGCAGGGGACGAAAAAACAGAGGGUGCAAAAACAGAGGAGGAGAAAGAAGGAGGAGAAGAGACGGAGAGGAGUGGGAGGUGCAAGGAAGCAGGGGAGGGAAACAGAGGAUUGAUGAAUUGGGAACCAUUUUGGGUGGCUACUUAG